AUGUCACUCCAACAUGGGUUCACUCCAGAUGAUGCGACGGGCUCGAUCGAGGUCAAAGAGGCAGACCAGGAUAUCGAGAUGCAAGAUAGCUCCAGCGGCGCAAAUACCGAUGCAGAAGGCGAAGUAGUUGAAGAUGGAAAUCAACAUAUGUUCCACACUAUCCAGCAACUCACAGCGUAUCUUUCCACUGUUGAGGAAGAUGGCGAGGAACUAGCCGCAGGUUUUCAAAGGCUUCCAAAUCGACGAUCACUCCCUGAUUAUUUUGAAGUGAUUGCCGAUCCUGUUGCCUUCAGUACCAUUCGAGGAAAAAUACAGAAGAAACAAUACUCGACCUUUGCGGAAUUUGUCAAAGAUGUUGCGCAGAUUUGCCACAACGCCCAAGUGUACAAUCGCCCAUCAGCACCGAUAUUUGGUGCAGCGGUUCGCUUACGAGAAAUAUUCCACGAGGAGCUUCAAAAGCUUGUCACAAAAGGGGACGUGUCUUCAGAAGAUGCAAAGCUGCCCGACUUGGGCGAGCUUCCACCUGCAGAAGAAUCUCCGUCGCUUCGAUCCGAUGAAGGCGAAGAUGACGACGACGAAGAUGACGAAGAAGAUGAAGAAGAAGAUGAUGAUGAGGAUGAGGAUGGAGCUGAAUCCUCAGACGAUGAUGGGGGCCGACGGAAGAGACGUGGGGUACGCGGUCGGCGACAGCAAUCCUUCACUAAGCCAAAAGAUCAAGAAGACGACAAAGAAGAUGAUGCGUAUAAAAAGAGAGGCAGGCCACCCAUGGUUCAGACGCCUAUGGAAGCCCGCAUCUCUUCAAUUCUGCGAGGACUUAGAAAGUUCAAGGACGAAAGAGGCGGUCUUCUCGUAUCGCCUUUCGAAAAGUUGCCCGACAAGGUAACGAUGGCUGAUUACUAUCAAAACAUCAGCCAUCCUAUUGCUUUGGACCAUAUCAAGAAAAAGGCAAAGCGAAAGAAGUAUCGCAACGUGGAUGACCUUCUUAAAGACAUUGACUUGAUGUUUGAGAAUGCUAAGCUCUACAAUGAAGAUGAUAGUCCUGUAUACCUUGCUGCCACGGAGUUGCAAACCCAGUCGCGUAUACUGGCUGAACAAGAGAGGGCCAAGCCUGAUGACGAUUUCAGAGAUGAAGAUGGCAAGCUUCCGCUCUCUGAAAUACAACAUAUUGGACAGAGUUGGAAAGUUGGAGACUGGGUUCAUAUACGGAAUCCGAACGACCUUGCAAAGCCCAUUGUCGCCCAAAUAUUCAGGACCUGGCAAGAUCGCGCGGGCCAGAAGUGGAUUAAUGCCUGUUGGUAUUACCGCCCUGAGCAGACUGUUCAUCGAUUCGAAAAGCACUUCUUCGAAAACGAGGUGGUGAAAACGGGUCAAUAUCGAGAUCACCAAAUAAACGAACUACUUGAUCGAUGUUUUGUUAUGUUUGUGACUCGAUUCAAUAAAGGCCGUCCAAGAGGGUUGGCAUCUGACAAGGAUGUCUAUGUUUGCGAGUCACGCUACAAUGAAGAAAAGUUUCGCUUCAACAAAAUCAAGACAUGGGCAAGCUGCGUGCCUGAUGAAGUGCGAGACAGAGAUUAUGAGAUGGAUUUAUUUGAAGCACCACGCCGCAUGAGAAAGGUUCCAAGCCCCAUCAAACAUCUCUUGCGAGAGGAUGCGAAAGAUACCGAUGACCUCCCACGACCAACCUGGGGAAGCCCCAACGCUCCACCUAUUGUUGGUGCGGUUCAUCGACGGCCGCCUGAAGCAAACGAAUCCCCUCCACCUGAACCAACACCUCCACCACCUCUUAUACCAGCCGCAAGGAAUAUGUCUUCCGAAUCCGCCCCACGUCUGUCCGCAGCGUCCGUAACUCCAGAAUUGUCUAUGGACCCGGCAGCGAGGUUUCAGCAAGGUACAUUUUCUGGCCAUGGGCCUUCCCCAAGUCCAGCCAACCAAUACGGCAUGCAAGCUACAGGUCAUUUUCAACCAGUGACACCCGCAGCUGGUGGGCAUGUAAUGCAACAGACACAUAUUCCUAUCCCGCAAGCCCAGCAAGCCAUGGCAACUCCUCAGAUGUCAAUGCGUUCAGUGCAAUAUCAGCAGCAGCAGCAGCAACAACAACAACAACAACAACAACAACAGCUACCACAGCAGCAGCCGCAGACAGGAUAUGCACAGAACUUUGGGUCUACAUACUCUCAAACGGCGGCCGCGUUUACUCCCCACCCACCAAUGGCAAAUCAAACUGCAGCGCAUUAUGGACAACAGCUCCAACAUGGGCGAAUGCAAUACAAUACAUCUGGUGGUGGUGGUGGUGGUGGUGGUGGUAAUCCAACUAACGCCUACAAUCCUCCACGACCGCCCGAGGUGUAUACUCUACCAGAAAAUGUGAAUGAAGCCCUUCAUUCUCAGAUUCGGCAAGGCUUCCAACACGAUGGUGCUGGACGAGUUUUGUUUUUCGUCGGCCCACCUUUAGACAGAUCAUAUAAGCGACUAUCUCCACCGAGCGGAGGGCUUGGCCACAGCGUUAAAUAUCUCGCUGGACGUGAAUCGUGGCUAGCUGAACGUGAGAGAAAGCGGCAAAGACGGAACCAAGUUCAGGAUUCCAAGUUCAAGCAAUCUCGUAAAACAACCUACAGUCCGGUGCCGGCCAAAGAAGAAGUAACUGUUCAGGCAUCCAGUGCAAUCAAUCAAUGGUUCCAGAAGUUCAAUAAAGAGGGCCCUAAAUGGGAUCAUGACGUUGGAUUAGAUGGAUGGAGUGAGGGGCGACGGAAGCAAGAAUCGUGUUAA